UUAAUUUCACUUCCCAAAGUUUGUGACGCAGCUUUUUCUCUCCGUGUGAAGCUCCAGCGGAAGGACCCAUCAGAGACCAGACCCUGCUGAACCUGAACCUGAAUCCAGCUGUGUGUCCAUGAAGAGUAACCGGUCCAUGGAGCCACCACUACUUUAAGAAAAGACCUGUAAGGGAGAGGAGAAUAGAAAUGGAGGAGAGGCUACUUGAAAUGGAGGAGCGAGGAUUGAUGGAGAGACUUGAAUGGCAGAAGGAGAGAAUUGCAAUGGAAAGUGAAAUUGAAAUGUUAAGAAGAAGAUUGAGGACCCAGCAGGGACCAGAGUCUCCUGAACCUGGACCUGGACCUGAACCUGAACCUGAACCCAGCUGUGUGUCCUUUAAGAGCGACCGGUCACAGGGACGCAAUAUUAAUUUUAAAGGAGAGCAACCCUCUGCUAAAAAGAGGAUCCAUCAAAGACCAGACUCUGCUGAACCUGAACCCAGCUGUGUGUCCUUCAAGAGUGACAGGUCACUUGAUCGCUCUAUUAACUUUAAAGGUCAACAACCCACUGCUGAAAAGAGAGUGGACCAGGAGAGCUCAGAGGUUCCCAGUGACCAGUGGAUUAACGAGCUGAAGAAGAUCCAGAAGGUUCUGAAUCAAGAUUACCCAGAAUGCUUAGAGAGUCAGAGGGAGGGUGAGGAUGAGGAUGAAGAGCAGAGGAGCAGCAGAGAGGCAUUUCUGAAGAUCACACUGCACUUCCUGAGGAGAAUGAAGCAGGACGAGCUGGCUGACCGUCUGCAGAGCAGAAGUUCUGCUGGAGUGUGUAAACGUAAACUCAAGACUAACCUAAACAAGAAGUUCCAGUGUGUGUUUGAGGGGAUUGCUAAAGCAGGAAACCCAACCCUUCUGAAUCAGAUGUUCACAGAGAUCUACAUCAUGGAGGGAGGGACUGCAGAGGUCAAUGAUGAACAUGAGGUCAGACAGAUUGAAACAGCUUCCAGAAAACCAGACAGACCAGAAACAACAAUCAGAAGAGAAGACAUCUUUAAAGCCCCACCUGGAAGAGAUGAACCAAUCAGAACAGUGAUGACUAAGGGAGUGGCUGGCAUCGGGAAAACAGUCUUAACACAGAAGUUCACUCUGGACUGGGCUGAAGGUAAAGCCAACCAGGACAUCCAGUUCAUAUUUCCUUUCACUUUCAAAGAGCUGAACAUGGUGAAAGAGAAAAGGUACAGCUUGGUGGAACUUGUUGAUCACUUCUUCAGUGAAACCAAAGAAGCAGGAAUCUGCAGGUUCGAAGAGUUCCAGGUUGUGUUCAUCUUUGACGGUCUGGAUGAGUGUCGACUUCCUCUGGACUUCCUCAACACUGAGAUCCUGACUGAUGUUACAGAGUCCGCCUCAGUGGGUGUGCUGCUGACAAACCUCAUCAGAGGGAAUCUGCUUCCCUCUGCUCACCUCUGGAUAACCACACGACCUGCAGCAGCCAAUCAGAUCCCUCCUGAGUGUGUUGACAUGGUGACAGAGAUCAGAGGGUUCACUGAUGGCCAGAAGGAGGACUACUUCAGUAAGAAAUACAGAGACAAGAAGCAGGAAAGCAGAAUCAUCUCCCACAUCAAGACAUCACGAAGCCUCCACAUCAUGUGCCACAUCCCAGUCUUCUGCUGGAUCACUGCUACAGUUCUGGAGGACGUGUUGAAGACCAGAGAGGGAGGAGAGCUGCCCAAGACCCUGACUGAGAUGUACAUCCACUUCCUUGUGGUUCAGUCCAAACAGAAGAACAUCAAAUACGAUGGAGGAGCUGGGACCGAUUCAAACUGGAAUGAAGAGACAAAGAAGAUGAUCGAGUCUCUGGGGAAACUGGCUUUUGAGCAGCUGCAGAAAGGCAACCUGAUCUUCUAUGAAUCAGACCUGACAGAGUGUGGCAUCGAUAUCAGAUCAGCCUCAGUGUACUCAGGAGUGUUCACACAGAUCUUUAAAGAGGAGAGAGGACUGUACCAGGACAAGGUGUUCUGCUUCGUCCAUCUGAGUGUUCAGGAGUUUCUGGCUGCUCUUCAUGUCCAUCUGACAUUCAUCAACUCUGGAGUCAACCUGCUGUCAGAAGAACAAUCACCAUCGUGGUGGUCUGAAGUGUUCAGAGACAAAUCAACACGUUUCUACCAGAGUGCUGUGGACGAAGCCUUACAGAGUCCAAAUGGACACCUGGACUUGUUCCUUCGCUUCCUCCUGGGUCUUUCUCUGCAGACCAAUCAGAAUCUCCUACGAGGCCUGAUGACACAGACAGGAAGUAGCUCACAGACCAAUCAGAAAACAGUCAAGUACAUCAAGACGAAGAUCAGUGAGAAUCUGUCUGCAGAGAGAAGCAUCAAUCUGUUCCACUGUCUGAAUGAACUGAAUGAUCGUUCUCUAGUGGAGGAGAUCCAACAGUCCCUGAGAUCAGGAAGUCUCUCCACAGAUAAACUGUCUCCUGCUCAGUGGUCAGCUCUGGUCUUCAUCUUACUGUCAUCAGAAAAAGAUCUGGACGUGUUUGACCUGAAGAAAUACUCUGCUUCAGAGAAGACUCUUCUGAGGCUGCUGCCAGUGGUCAAAGCCUCCAACAAAGCUCUGUAAGUGGGAUUUAUUUAUCAUUAAAUACUCUGCUAUCUUUGAACAGGAGUUAAAUAUAAAUAACUUGUUUCCUUCCUGUUGUCUCUC